ACUUGAUGGUGAUGUUGCUUGAAUGUGCGAGAUGCCACUCAUAAUGGAUUAAUUUUUGAACGCUUCACCAAGCGUCCUUCGUGCACGCUCAAACAAUGAAAUCUCCUGCAUUUUUCGGGACCUCAUUUUGCGGAGCGAGAAUUAACAACGACGCACGGCGGAUUUACAUGUCGAACGGCGCAUCGAAUCCAUUCGUGGGUUCGUGUUUCAAGGCCCGUAUCUUCUCCACGCAGCAUCUGCUUGACCCUCGGAUACAGACAAUGAGCGUUCACGUCUGACGCGAUUGAGAGGUCGGAAUGGAGUUACUCUGAAGCCAUUUUCUGCACAUUUCGUACCUUUCUACCUGCUGCGAUAACGCCAGUAGCAUCCUCGCAAAUGUGGGUUAUAAACCUUCGUUUAUAACGGACGAUACAUCCCAGACCCGACCCUAAUAUGUCAAAGUCCUGAAUAUAGAAGGUCCUACCAGGAAACCUUUUAAACUAUCUUAGCCACCCCGCAAGCUUUAAACCGAUUCAAACAUAUUAGAACACUAAAAAAAAAAAAAGUAUUUUGUUCCCGUUCUUAUUCGCUGGCUUUGCCGUUAGUAACUCCUAGUUACAGAUAGCUAUAGAGUGACUGUAAAACUGACAUAAAACAAGUGUCAAACAUUAACAUAUCCAUAUAUGGAUAUUUAAACCCCGAAAUGUUACAAGAAACCAUCUAAUUUCAUUUAACUACUGACAAUUAGACAUGCCAGUGACAGCCUAAGGAAUUAGCCUCGACGUUACAGUAAUUAUAAAUCUUCAAACACACACACAUAGCACCAACAUAUAUGGAGAACAUACAAUAUUUAUGUAUCUUAUGCUUAAACCCCCAAUUAUUUGACCAAACUAAUUUCAUCUAAUGUUUGCUAUCUUAUUACCAACUUAUAAUGCAAGGUGCCAUAGAUGGGAUAAUUGAAACUAGCAUAGAUGUUACAAUAAUUAACCUUAAAACAAUUGCUACUUUAACACACAGAGUGCACAUUAUUUACCUGUAUAAAUGAUCAACCUUAGAACAAUUGCUACUUUAACAAAGUGCACAUUGUUUACAUUUAUAAAUUAUCAACCUUAAAACAACAGCUACUUUAACACACAAAGUGUACACCAAUACUUAGGUGUAUAUGUCAUCUCUGGGGACCUUCUUUGCCUCUUCAUUUUCCUCUUAAUUACCUUGCAUUUCAUUCAGUAGACCUCAGCGUUGCCUUGCAAGAUACCCCAUAGCAUAGUACUACACGUAAGGUGCAUAACUCGAAAUUCAGACUUUCCUAUAUACUGUAAAAAAUACUGCAAAAACCAAUUUACAAAGGUAGACUGCAUCAUUUUAUUUUUUUUAGAUAUAGCAGGGGGAAACACUGUAAUAUGGACUUUCCAGGUCACUUCCAGCACAUUUUCCAGCAGCUUAACACCCAGCGGCUCCAUGGUCAAAUGUGUGAUUGUGUCGUGGAGGUGGGAACUCGCAAAUUCCUGGCACACCGCGCUAUCCUAGCAGCAUGCAGCUCCCAUUUCAAGGCACUUCUCAGUUCCAGUGACGGUACUGACGAUGCCAAUGGACAAAAUAUCGAUAAAGUCGGAGGUCCAUGCGUGAUGGUGCUGGACCCGGAGGUGGUGACACCAGAUGCCUUCUCCACCUUGCUAGACAUGAUCUACACAUCCAAUCUAUCACUCAGGGCCUCCAACGUGAUGGAUGUGUUGCUGGCCGCCUCGCAUCUGCAUCUCAACUUUGUGGUGAAGGCCUGCAAGAUCCAUCUGUCAAGAAAAGACUUCCCAGCCACAGCACCAAAAGGCUGGAGGUCAGUGCAGCAGCAGGAGCAGGAGCAUCCGUCCUCUCAAACCCAGCUCACAUCUGUGGAGCUACUUGACGAGGAGGGCGUGGAGGUGAGCCAGUCGGGUCGAGAUUCCUCCAAGUACAAGAGAAAGUCCCAUGAGGACAGACUGAAUGACAGGAAGAGGACUUGCAAAAUGUCUGGAGAUGCAGAAAGCUCGCUAACUAUUACCAGAAGCACAGCCAACAACAAGGAGCCAGGAGAGGAAUUAAUCUUGCCGGACUGCUUAAAGGUGACUCUAAACAUCUUUGAGGGCCAAUUGGAUGAUGUGGAGGAAAAGUAUGGCAUAACCACAACCGAGUCCGAGGAGAUCCAGCUGCCGAGCCAGUCAGAUAAUUUUCUCAGCGAUGAGGGAGAGCCCAAGAUGGAGACAGUGGAGAUAAAAAAAGAAAACAUGACUCCCUCCUCUCCCGAUCUUUCACCAUCACCACUCCCACAGGACCCCUCUGAAUCAAAUGGUGACAUUACAAGGAAGCCAGAUGAGGUUGUCAGCUGUUUACAGUCCCAGCAGUGCUCAGAUCUUCAUAAAAAAGACAGUGGCGACAUAUGCGAGGAUGAGUGCAUGGACAACCUGUCUGAACUGGCCCUCUCCUGCUUCCUGAAUCCUGGUCAUAACAGUGAGGUAGAAGCUCUAGAGGAAGAAGAAAGUCUCGCAAGUCUCACAGCAGCUGCAACCGCAGCGGCUGCAGCCAGUGAUGCGGCUGCAGGUGGUGCAAGCCUACUGAGUCAAAACUCAAGCACUUCUGUUCAAGCCUCAGAUUCGACUCUCGUUUUCCCAGUAACUUCUGUUCCUUUGCAACAGCUUCUCCCCACUCAGGCUCCUGCUUUUAGCGACACCCUCAUCCUCCAGCCUGCACACAAUUCGCUAACGGGAUUCCUCGGCCUGGAGCCUUCGAGAUCCACGAAAGGACACGCCGGAUCAAGCGGAACCACUUUCCGCCGCAUCGCCCCUAAAGCGUCUCCGGCAUCUGAAGCAGAACUCACGGCGGCACCUGGAACCGAUAAAGCACCUCUGACCAGAGCUUCUGAGGACGUGUUGUCCAAGUGCAAAAAAGCAGCGGCAGAGGUCAAUGUGCUUCUAGUGGAAGGGGACAAGAAGUACGCCUGCAAAAUCUGCUCCAAGACAUUCACAAACUUGGCAGACUGUAAGAAACAUAUCCGCGUCCACACAGGAGAAAAGCCGUAUCCUUGUCUCAAGUGUGGCAAACGCUUCAGCCAGUCGUCGCAUCUGUACAAGCACUCCAAAAACUCCACCUGCAUGAACUGGAGGGACAAGAGUCCUGACCAAAACAUUCUGAACUGAUUCCACAGUAGUUUGCCGAGACCAGAUUCUUGACUUUUGUAUGUGGGUAGUUCAUACCCUCACCCUUACAGAUUCUUUUUUUUUUUUUUUUUAAGAUGUGC